AAAAGCGGAGCUCUGGGCGCGGAACCCCUCGGGGCUGCCAGGCGCAGCUCCGCCUCCCGGGCUGGGGCGCGGGGGCGGCGGGCGCGCUUAUCCGGAGCCGCAUCCCAGGGCUCUUGCGACGGCGGCACCGCGGGGAGGCAAUGAUUCGUAGAAAAGAAUCCUGUGCUUAAGGACAGAUACGAAUGACAUACCUAAGCUGCCUUGUCUAUGUACUGGAAGAAUGGACUGUUUUGGGAUACCUGGAGAAAUACCUUUUUCAUGUGGUCAUCAUCUCAGUGACACUAAGCGCCAUAUUAGUUUUUUUCAUAGUUCCUUUAACAAUGCUCUUCUUCAUUUACCUUUCUAAUAUUUUGCUUUUAAUAUAUCGGAGAAACAGUGAGGUACAAGCAGAUCCUUUGAGUGAUGUUUGGGAUAGCGCAAGGAGAGCUAUCGCAAGCUUUUGGGAUAUAUAUGCAAGAGUAUGGCAUGGUUAUGAGCUUCAUGGUGUGGAAAACCUACCAGAAGGACCAGGCAUUGUUGUGUAUUACCAUGGAGCUAUUCCUAUAGACUACCUUUACUUUAUGUCUAGGCUGUUUCUGUGGAAGAAAAGACUUUGUCUGUCAGUAGCUGAUCAUUUUGUCUUUCGCUUACCAGGACUUAAAUUAUUACUGGAAGUAACAGGUGUUAUGCCAGGUACAAGGGAGGAGUGUCUCAUUGCACUGAAGAAUGGACACUUGGUGUCCAUCUCACCAGGUGGAGUUAGAGAAGCAUUAUUCAGUGAUGAAAGUUAUCAACUCGUGUGGGGAAAUCGAAAAGGCUUCGCUCAGGUUGCUCUAGAUGCAAAAGUGCCCAUCAUUCCAAUGUAUACUCAAAAUGUCCGGGAAGGAUAUAGAAUGCUUAAAGAAAGAAAAUUUCUUAGACAGCUAUAUGAAAGUACACGAUUGCCGAUGACUCCUCCAUAUGGAGGGCUUCCAGUUAAACUUCGCACAUACAUUGGGGAGCCAAUCCCUUAUGAUCCAAAUGUAACUACAGAGGAAUUAGUUGAAAAGACAAAGACUGCCAUCCAGGCUCUCAUAAGCAAGCACCAAACAAUCCCAGGCAGCAUAUGGAAGGCUUUACUGGAGCGAUUUGAUAAACGUCGUAAAAGUGAUUAGAAUGCUUAUGUUUAUUUCAUUGGUUUUACAGCUUACAGUAAAAAGCAAUGUCCUGUGGCAAUGAUGACUAAUAAUUGGUGUUCAGCCAGUUUAAUUUACAUGUUUCUAUAGUUUCAACCGAAGAAAGCAACCUCUUGAAGGUUCCCCUGUGUCUUUGAGGAUAUUCUGAAAUCAGAAAAGACUGAAGAAGAAAACUUAGGUAAAAUACCAAUGCAACGGCUAAAUUCCCCAAAAGGAAACCAUGUAGCCAGGAUUUGCAUGGUUCCUAAAACACGGAUGUACAUACAUCUGAGAGGCUCAGAAGUUUUGUCUAGAUCUGUAGGUUUAUGUUUCGAGCAGUUGACAGUCCAGUCUCAGAGCAGAACCUCAGAGUUGCUGUUGUCCCACCAGAGUUCACCCCUUGGUGGGCACCUUCCUUGUUGGACCUCACACGAGAGUGUCUGAAGAGAAACUGUCUGGCUUUAGUUAAUGAUCUGCUCCUUAGGUCAUUUUUCUAGAGAGACUACACAAAGAGAAAUAAUCUCAUUAAACCAGAUAUUAGACUCUACAAAACACAUCAGCUUAGUGGUUCGGUACCCUGGAAAGUAUGAAUGCUAAAUUCAAGACUUCAGAAUAGAAAAAAAUCAACUCUCUCAAAGAGAGAAAAAAACAUUAGUUAAGUGUAGCAUUAUACAAAUACAUGUAGAAAGUACUUUGAAAUCUGAGCUGGUACAUUCAUGCAGUAUUUCACCAUACAAUGCUGGUUUAGUGGAUGAGGCUGCCCCUAGCCUGAGAAUUCCUGCAUCAUAGUGUGUUUGCAAUACGGAUGUGCUGUACUUAUCCAGAUCUGCUGGUAAGCAGGGAGCAUGCUGAGGGGGGAACUGAUUUAGGUAAUGCAACCCUGAGACUCAUCAUCGCGGGCAGUUUGCCUGAAAAUGCAGUGCUGGAGCCCCAUAUGGAUUGAACUCAAAUGCCUAUUUGGAAAGUUGAACAUAGGCAGCAUGGUCUUCCUAAUACAACUUGCAGGCAACACCGAAACUUGCUACAAAGCAGAAUGUGUUUUCACAAGCUGUGGAAUGUUGUUGUUUGUUGGGAGUGGGAGAACUUUGUGUAAUCAAUCCAAUAUGCCAUUAAAUGCAAUGUCUUUUAACUUCAAACACCAACAAAGGUGAGUUUUGUGCCUUGUUUUUCUCUCUUGUACUGUUAAUACCUAUACAAUCUUUCCCUUUUAU